CGAAGUGUCUGCGCAGCUCACCUGGACUGCACUCAUUGUCUAUCUGAUCCUUAAGAGAUUCGUUAGCAGAAUGUAUUCUCCUCACCAGCUCAUUCGCGUUCAUGUUUAGUAUGUGUGUACGAGUGUUAGUUGAACAACCUGACACAAAGAGGCCAAAAGUAGCUAGAGAUCAGAGAAGCUAGAGAGAGAGUGAGAUGGAGUCUAGCAGCAGACACCGUGUCUCUCUCCUGCUGCUGGUGAUCAUCGGGUGCUGCGGCUGCCGCGCGCAGAUCCCGAUCCCGGCGAGAACGGACGGGUUCGUGUAUGCCGGGAAGCCGCCGCCGGCGUGGGGCCAGACGGUGGUGGUCGAAGCGUUCGUCGACCCGGUCUGCCCUGACAGCCGCGACGCGUGGCCGCCACUGAAGAAGGCCGUCGAGCACUACGGCUCGCGCGUGUCCGUCGUCGUGCACCUCUUCCCCCUGCCUUACCACAGCAAUGCCUUCAUUGCUUGCCGGUCAAUUCAUACGGUGAACAAGAUGAAUCCGUCGUUCACAUAUCCCCUGCUCGAGAGAUUCUUCAAGUACCAGGAAGGUUAUUUCAACCAGCCAACUUACACAAAAUCAAGAGCUACAGUGGUUGAUGAAGUAACCAGCAACCUUGUUGUCCCUGUCAUCGGUCAAGACAAUUUGACGGCAUACAAAGCAGGUUUCAAUGAUUCACAAUCAGAUCAAGCCACCAGGAUAUCAUUCAAGAACGGUUGUGCACGAGGUGUGACCGGGACACCCUACUUCUUUGUGAAUGGUAUACCGCUCAGCGAAUCUGGUUCUCCUCUUGACUACAAGUGGAUAUAUAUUCUUGAUCCAUUGGUUGGCAAGAUGUAAAGAGUUAUAUUAUUGUUGCAAUAAAGUCCCAGCUGCGCUAAAUAAGUGCUGGGCAUAUGAUAGCUUGACUUUCAGUAAGAUGUUGAUGGAAAGUACAAUGAUGUUUUAUAUGUAAUUAGCUGAAUGCUUGUACUUA